AUGAGCCGCUGGCACCCCCUGGUCCUGGUGUCCCUGGUACUGGGCUGCUGCUCCGCCGCUCCCCAACGGCGCCAACCCACCGUCGUGGUUUUCCCAGGAGAACUUCAAGCUAACCUCACCGACAGGCAGCUGGCAGAGCACUAUCUGUACCGCUAUGGCUACACCCGGGUGGCCGAGAUGAACGAUAAUGAGCUGGCGCUGAACAAAGCGCUGAGGGAUUUCCAGAAGAAGCUGAGCCUUCCCGAGACAGGGCAGUUGGACAGCACCACCCUGGAGGCCAUGCGAGCCCCGCGCUGCGGUGUCCCGGAUGUCGGCUUCUUCAAGACCUUCGAGGGUGACCUCAAGUGGCAACACCGCAAUAUCACUUACUGGAUCCAAAACUAUUCGGAAGACUUGCCCCGCGAUGUGAUCGACGACGCCUUUGCCAGAGCCUUCGCGGUGUGGAGCGAAGUGACGCCGCUCAUUUUCACGCGCGUGUACAACGCGGACGUGAAGGACGUGGACAUCGUCAUCCAGUUUGGUUUCAGUGAGCAUGGAGACGGCUACCCCUUCGAUGGGAAGGACGGGCUGCUGGCGCACGCCUUUCCUCCGGGCCCGGGCAUCCAGGGCGACGCCCACUUCGACGACGACGAGUUGUGGUCCUUGGGCCAGGGUGCCGUGAUUCCCACCCUCUUCGGGAACGCAGACGGAGCCCCCUGCCACCUUCCCUUCACCUUCGAUGGCCGCUCCUACGCCGCCUGCACCACCGACGGCCGCUCAGACGGCGCGCUCUGGUGCAGCACCACCGCCGACUACGACAAGGACCGCCAGUUCGGCUUCUGCCCCAGCGAGCGGCUCUACACCGAGUACGGCAAUGGGGACGGCAAGCCCUGCGCGUUUCCCUUCACCUUCGAGGGCCGCUCCUACUCGGCCUGCACCACCGACGGCCGCUCGGACGGCUACCGCUGGUGUGCCACCACCGCGGACUUCGACCAGGACAGGCUCUUCGGCUUCUGCCCCAACCGAGUCGACUCAACAGUAACCGGGGGCAACGCGGCAGGAGAGCAGUGCGCCUUCCCCUUCACCUUCCUGGACAAGGAGUACUCAUCUUGCACCCAGGAGGGCCGCCAAGAUGGGCGCCUCUGGUGCGCCACCACCUCCAACUUCGACCGCGACAGGAAGUGGGGCUUCUGCCCAGACCAAGGAUACAGCCUGUUCCUUGUGGCGGCACACGAGUUUGGUCACGCGCUGGGCUUAGAUCAUUCGUCCGUGCCUGAGGCGCUCAUGUACCCCAUGUACCGCUUCACGGAAGAGCCCCCUCUGCAUAAGGACGAUAUCCAGGGCAUACAGCAUCUCUAUGGUCCGCGUCCUAAACCUGACCCACAGCCUCGGACCACCACGACACCUAAACCCCAGCCCACAACUCCCCCAACUGUCUGCCCCACUGGCCCCCCAACAGUCCAGCCCUCAGAACGCCCCACUGCUGGUCCCACAGGCCCCCCUUCACCUGGCCCUACGGGUCCCCCCACUGCUGGCCCUCCCGAAGCUCCCACAGUGCCUUUGGAUCCAGUGGACGAUGCUUGCAACGUGCACAUCUUUGAUGCCAUGGCAGAGAUCAGGGACCAUCUUCACUUCUUCAAGAAUGGGAGGUACUGGCGACUUUCUGAGGGCCAGGGCCGCCGGGUGCAGGGGCCCUUCCUCGUCUCAGACACGUGGCCCCAGCUCCCUGGAAAGCUGGACUCUGCCUUUGAGGACCCACUCACCAAGAAGGUGUUCUUCUUCUCCGGGCGCCAGGUGUGGGUGUACACGGGCGCGUCGGUGCUGGGUCCGCGGCGGCUAGACAAGCUGGGUCUGGGUCCCGACGUGCCCCAGGUCACCGGCGCCCUUCCGCGCGGCGGGGGCAAGGCCUUGCUCUUCAGCAGGCAGCGUUUCUGGAGGUUCGACGUGAAGACGCAGAUGGUAGAUCCCGGGAGCGUCAGCCAGGUGGACCAGAUGUUCCCUGGCGUGCCCUUAAAUACUCACGACAUCUUCCAGUACCAAGGGAGAGCCUACUUCUGCCAGGACCGCUUCUACUGGCGGAUGAGCUUCCAGAAUGAAGUGAACCAGGUGGACCAAGUGGGCUACGUGAACUUCGACCUCCUGCAGUGCCCGGAGUACUAGGACUCUGUGUUCUGGCAGUGCAGUGAGAGUCACCAUUGGGGACCAUCUCUGGGGAGAGGGGGAGCCAGUUUGCUGGCUACAAACUGGUGGAUCUAUUCUGAGGACAGGGAGGAACAGGUGGGCUGGCCCCCUCCUCCCAGCUUGUUACAUUUCUAAUAAACUUGGAUUCUUUAACCUUGA